GAGGGGGCGGGGCCUGGCGCGCGCGGCCGCCAUGGGGCUGCUGACGAUCCUGAAGAAAAUGCGCGAGAAGGAGCGAGAACUGCGGCUGCUCGUGCUGGGAUUGGACAACGCCGGGAAGACGACGCUGCUGAAGCGGCUGAACGGGGAGGACGUGGGCGGCACCUCCCCCACCCUGGGCUUCAACAUCAAGACCCUGGAGCACCGCGGGUUCCAGCUGCACGUGUGGGACGUGGGCGGGCAGAGCUCGCUGCGCUCCUACUGGCGCAAUUACUUCGAGAGCACGGACGGGCUGGUGUGGGUGGUGGACAGCAGUGACCGGCAGCGGCUGCGGCUCUGCGCCAGCGAGCUGCGCGCCCUGCUCCGCGAGGAGCGCCUGGCCGGGGCCACCCUGCUCGUGUUCGCCAACAAACAGGACCUGCCCGGGGCGCUGCCGGCGGGGGACAUCCGGGAGGCCCUGGAGCUGGACUCCAUCCGCAGCCACCGCUGGCGCAUCCAGGGCUGCUCGGCCUUCACCGGCCGGGACCUCCUGCCCGGCCUGGACUGGCUGCUGGACGACAUCGGGGCGCGGCUGUGCCCGCCGGACUGACCCGAGUGACCGCCGAGUGACCGCCGAGUGACCGCUGAGUGACCGCCAAGUGACCCCCAGACCGAGCCCUGAGUGACCCCUGUGCCCGCCGGACUGAGCCGAGUGACCGCUGAGUGACCACGGAGUGACCGCCGAGUGACCGCCAAGUGACCCCUGAACGACACCCAGACUGACCCCUGCACCCACUGGACUGAGCCGAGUGACCGCCAAGUGACCGCCAAGUGACCGCCAAGUGACCCCCAGACCAAGCCCUGAGUGACCCCUGUGCCUGCUGGACUGACCGCCGAGUGACCACGGAGUGACCGCCGAGUGACCGCCGAGUGACCCCCAGACCCAGCCCUGAGUGACCCCUGUGCCCGCUGGACUGACCGCCGAGUGACCGCCGAGUGACCCCUGAACGACACCCAGACUGACCCCUGUGCCUGCUGGACUGACCCUGAGUGACCACCGAGUGACCACUGAGUGACCCCCAGACCAAGCCCUGAGUGACCCCUGUGCUCACCGGACUGACCGUGAGUGACCACGGAGUGACCACCAAGUGAUCGCCGAGUGACCUCUGAACGACACCCAAACUGACCCCUGUGCCUGCUGGACUGACCCUGAGUGACCACGGAGUGACCACCAAGUGAUCGCCGAGUGACCUCUGAACGACACCCAAACUGACCCCUGCACCCACCGGAUUGAGCCAAGUGACCUCUGAGUGACCCCCAGACCGAGCCUUGAGUGACCCCUGUGCCUGCUGGACUGACCCUGAGUGACCACCGAGUGACCGCCGAGUGACCGCCGAGUGACCACCG